UUAGGUUAUGUACAUAAUUCUUGGCACAGCUGGCACAAACUGUUCUCAUAUUGUCAUUGAAAAGAAGAAAGAUGUUGACUUAAAACCUACAUUUUCUUUCCUUUUUUUCUUAAAAAAAAUGUGCUUAAAAGUUUCCUUUUUUUCUUUUUUUAGAUGAGCCCAGUGACCUGUGAAAUUGUUGUGAAAGAAGAAGUAAAGCUCGAACAUGAAGAUGAAUUGAUAUUUCCUUUAGAAAGCAAGCAAAUCAAUGACGCCAUUUUCAAUGUAAAAACUAAUUCAUGGAAUGUCAAUUUUGCCGCUGCUGCCAAGGACAAGUUUUCAGGAACACAAACUGCAAUAAAACAAAAUCUUGAAUGGACCAUUCCGGAACACAAAUAUACUUCGCAUUGCCUUUCAUCCCUUGAGACUGGACAAGCACUACAGCUGUCAAAAUUUAUAAAAUCUUCGUCACUGAAAAACAGCAUCAAUAAAAGAGGGGCUGAAUGGUAUGGUAAGCACAUCACUCCUCCUAAAAAUUUUUUUGUUGGUUGGUGUGAUUCAAGGAAAGCGAAGGCUAUACUUCAUUUCCUAGAGAGUUUUGCAGGCAUUUCCCGGGGGUCAAAGUACAGUAGGUGUGCUAAUUUCAGCAUUGCUUGUAAUGGUCCUCGUAUUCUCGUAUGUGAGGAAUGUUUAAGUCAGUUCGGGGGUUUGCAUGACCGAUACCUUAAAAUAUGCCGGCACUACAAAACCUCUCACAGCAGAAAUUGUAACAAGCUAAUUGGUCGAAAGUUGUCUCAGCACCACUCUACACUUGUGUUAAUGAUUACUGCUUGGCAGCAGGAUACAAAUGAAUGUCUCCAUCAUUGAAGCAAUUAUUGAAAAUUGCUUUAAGACUUGAAUAGUUGUGCGUGCUUCUCACAUUUUAUUUUGAUUAUGCACUUAACUGGUUUCAUUCUUACAAACACCUCUUCCUUCCAUUCAAACGUAUUUUUAGGUCUCAUUUAGUUUUUGUAAGCCUUGAAAGUACCUGGUGAGUUUGACAGAAUUUGAGGACCGUGACACAUGAGAUAAAUGUGUAAAUAAUACUUUAUCCUUAUUCCCACCUCUUGCUGAGUGGGCAAUAUGCAAAGCAACUGACUCUGUGACGACAAGAAACUAUGGCCUUGGGUUGUAACCCUUAUUGCUGAGGUGUAGUACAUGUGUAAUGAAAUCAACGGGUCAAGGAUUUUAUUCAUGAGUACAUAGAUGAAGCUUCCUGGUAACAUGAUUUGGCAGCUUGCUAUGCAUGAAGGCGCUAGGCCUUCUCCUGGGUGCCAUUGCUCUAACUUUGUUUGGUAUAUCUUGUCUUGUUGAUGUGAGAAUGAAUUUUGUGAUGGUUUAUGGAUAAUUAACUGACUGUUUCUUAAAAAGAACCUCAGUCUCACAUGUCUCAUCUUUUUCACUGGUAAAACUAAAGCGUAACUCUAUGCUUGAGUCAAGCCUUAAGUUACGCUUGAAAUGAAGCAUACUCUGGAAAUUCCCCAUGCAUUCAGGUAGGAGGAAUCUUGGCGCAUGAGCCUGUUACGAUUGAUUUAAAGCGUAAACUGAUUACGCUUGAAAACAGAGGAUAAAACUAUGCUUUAGUUUUACCAGUGUUGGAUUGUUUCUUUUGCUUUUUCACAUACCGUACAUAUUUCUAAACUGUUAUCCUGUUUUUAUUUGACUUCUUCUCUUCCCGUGUAAAUCUCUUUUAAAUAUUUAUGUACCUUGUUCUGAUGAACAGA